GCAGAUAUACCAGCUUUCCAAUGUUGGAUAGUGCAAUAGCACAGGAGCACAUUGUGUUCACCGUUUUCACUGCGUUUGGCCGUUUGCCCUUCAUCUGAACAUGUGAUAAUUACGGCUAACGCUUUAUCCUAUAUCCUUACCUACUCCCCAUCCAGGUAGAGCAGAUUUUCAGUGAGAUUACACCUGCAAUUCUAAAAUAUUAUAAGCCACUUCUCAACUGUUCUUUGAAGUAAACAAUUAUUUUCUUUCAUGUCAGCUGUCAUACUAUCUCUUACCAAUCUCCCCUAUACGAGCCUUCAGUUUUUGUAUUGUAGACAGUGAGUUAUUACCACGUUAGAAUCAGAACACCUCAAAAUGUCUUGGCAACAUUAUUUAUGGGUCAAGUCCCGUUGACUGCCUCCCUGUGCCUUUUGUCAUGUUUGGGGUGGUUUGUCUGCUGUGUAACAAGACAAGAUACCAGAUUCUGACUUACCACUAGCUAGAACAUUGUUUCUGAAUAUAAGAUUUAUAUUGCGUAAGUAGUUACAGAUUUUUGUGCAAAGGCAUUUCUGAAACACCUUUCUCCCAAUACACACACACACCACAUUCACACACACUGCGCAGAAUGCUGGCAAAGAACCAAAGGUAAGUAAAGUUGCUGGUGUCACGUGUCCUAUUCAUGGAGCGCUCAUUCUCAGGAGCAACAGGACUUACAGAACCUGUAGAUUACUGCUAGCUGUUGACACUUGCAUUGACACAGUGCCAGGAAACAGAUCCCAGCCUGUUUGGAGUGUAACAAGUGCAGCUCUUGUGUAAAAACUCACACAGGUUUAAGAUCAAUGGGUAACAAUCAGUGUGUAUCAUGUGCUGAAGCUGAGGAUAGCAGCAACUGAAGUCAGUGUGAGAUGAGUUCCAAUAUACGCAACUAUCUGCAGACAAAUGAGGAUUUGGACAACUUAUAUAGCGGUAGUUCUCAGGCUGCCAAACGUCAGAAAUGGCUACGCCUUCUCCUGUUGACCUUUUUAGUCAUCGUUCUGGUUGGUGGUUUUGCAAUCAUGGGAGUUGGGAUCUGGACACUGCAGGCAGAGUAUGGAAACAAACAGCUGUCUACACUCAUCAGUGCAGCAGUCUAUCGCUUUGACUCUGUCCUGAUGAUUACUGUGGGUAGCGCCAUCAUUGUCAUCACACUUAUGGGAUUCUGUGGGGUCUACACGCAGUACAAAUGCAUCAUGGGACUACAUCUGGGACUUUUGGCCUUUAUGUCAGUCAUGCUGUUUGUGGCUGGAAUUAUUGGCUAUGUUCUUAUCAGUGAUCUUGAGGAUAAAGUGAAGGAGAAGAUGGAGGGUAUUAUCAUUACUCAUUAUGGCAUCAACAUUGAUUUGGAUAGUGAAAAUCGCCAAAUUACUGAAGCUUGGGACACUAUUCAACGCACUUUUGAAUGCUGUGGGGCCUUUGGUGAUGCCAAUAGUUCAACAUCUUGGGCACUAUAUAAACGCAGCCAGUGGUGGUCAGAAAAGUUUAACAAUAACAGCAAAGUGCCUUCAAGUUGUUGCAGAGAAAACGAGAAUCUUGAUCUAUGCAUGGGAACAGUGGAGGGUGUGGGGCCUCCAUCUGUUGGACCCCCAAUCACCAUAGAUCCUUCCACUCUUAACUACACUCUCUACACAACGGGAUGCUUUGAUGUGCUGCGGAAAUAUCUACUAUACACUGGUGGGGUAAUAGGAUCCUCAGCAAUAGUGGUGGGCAUCUUCAUGUUGGUGGAACUUGCUCUGUCUAUCUGCAUGUACCGAGUGAUGCCUGGCCGUUGAUGCUGACUUUGUGUCUCCAUUACUUCAUGAGUUUUAUUUGGGGAUCACAAUCUUCUGGACUUUCUGUUAAGCCAGGUUUUCUAAUGGAUAAUCCAGGGUCCCAGUGACAAGGCCAAUGCCUUUAAAACAUGUACAGGACUUGAGUACCAUGUGUGAGAUUUUUGUUUACUUGAGAAUGGAAAUCUUUAUGGCUAAUAUGUUGCUAACUGCUAUAUUUAGCUUGGUAUUUUAACACAUUGUCUCAAGCACAACAUACAUACACCUCUAAAAACAGAAUGAAUGAAAGGAUACUGGGGUUUUUUGGGGGUUUUUUUUGUUUUCGGAGAUGCAAUGUUUUUGUCAAGACUACCACUGUUUUAUUACUUUGACUCAUUGCUGAUUCCCAUAUUAUUUUUUAAGAAGUGGAGAUAACUAUUGCAUCAUGCAUUAUUCUCCAAAUACCACUAACAUCCUCAGAAAUACAGAUAUCAGAGCUGGAUGAUGCACUGAACAAGCUGUGCUCUACAAAACUUCCAAUGCUAUGUUUUCCAUGACGCAAAGAAUAUUCUGAACUAAAACAUUAGUUUGAAGUGUAUUUUACUGAAAAAUAUAAGGUGAACAGAUAUGCAGUAAGCAAAUUUACUAAUGUAUAAAAUGUCACUCAAAUGGAAGAAAGAAUUUUGAUGCUUUUUUUGACAGUAAUUGUGACUUCCAUGUCUCAAAAACCAGCAAAUAGUACAUCACUUUUAGUGACUGGAUGUGCACAGCUGUGCACAUUCAUGUUAGGGAAGAAACCAUGCUCCAGAGUACAUAAAAAAGUGUAGCUGCUCUCAUUUUAUAAUGUAGCGCACUACGUUCAGCCACUUUUAUUGUUUGGCCUUAUUUUGCAUUUUAUGCGUCAACUCUACCAUCAUUUGGUUCCAGGCUCUAUCAGUAUACUGGCCUGUCCAAAUAUUGUUCCCAUCCUGCCAAGACCAUUACAGAAACUUAUUCUGGUUCCUAGGAUCGGCCUUGAUUACCAUUUCUUGUAAUAGUCUGAGCAAGUUUGGAAAUUUUUUCAAAUAUGUCCGUCCACAAUGCUUCUAAGUUAUGAAACUGAAAUGCUAUUUUUGCCUCUCUAAUAUAUGUUUUAAAAGAGUAAUGUUCAUGUUUUUAGUGUGUCAGGACAUCUUGUGUGAUCUAACAUGUGUGAGAUUUAUGAGAUUUUUCAUGUUAUGUAGAGCAUAAAGAAUUUUCUGGGA